GCCCAUCAGUGCCACAUCAAUGCCACAUAUCAGUGCCUACCAGUGCACAUCAAUGCCACAUAUCAAUGCCCAUCUGAGCUGCCUUUCAGUGUCACCUAUCAGUGCUGACAAUCAGUGUCAGUCAGUGCCGCCUAUCAGUGCCAAUCAGUGCCGCCUAUCCGUGCGCAUCAGUGCCACCUAUCAGUGCCACCUAACAGUGCCAGUCAGUGCCGCCUAUCAGUGCCAGUCAGCACUGCUUAUCAGUGCCGCCUAUCAG